CUGAUAUGAUCAUUAAUUCGUUUAAAAAAUGUGGUAUUCCUCAUGGUAUUAAAAGAGAAUCAGAAGAUGAACAAAUGGUAAUUUCAGUAGAAGAUAGAGAAAAUUAUCCAAUUGUCUACAUUGAAAAUCUGGAAUAUAU